AUGGACUCUGUCGUGGUCGCCUUGGUGGAAAACCUGGCGACGUUCCCAUUUUCCAGGUCAGCAUCCCUGCGCCUCGCGCCCAGUGGUUUACUCGGUUUUCACCUUCUCGUUACAAUUCUCUGUCAUGCUGGAUGGCCUUUGCCGCUGAAGAAUACUUGGAACGCGGUUUCCCUGCCGUUCCGCAACUUUUUGACGCUGGACGACUUGCACGAUCCUGUCGAUUUGGAGCCCAGAGACACCACCCUUCAGCAGCGCCUGUUAAGCCUCGUAUCCUCCAUUGAAGCUGCUGUGUGGGCCGGUUGUAUUGGCCACGCAAUUUACAUUUCCAAUCCUGAAGCCAUUCUGACUUCUACAGCGUAUUUGGUUUCCUGGGUUUAUAUUGCUGUACUUACUCUGGCGAGACCUCCGCGCACUCCUCCAUACCUGUUCAUCGCAUUUGCGCUUUCGCUUGCUUGUAUUUCACUCUUGGAUUCCGCAUACAGGCCGUUGCAUGGAAGAGACAACUUCCGUUCUUUGGCGAGCAACGCCUGCUUCCUCAUUCUCCACCUCUGCUUCGUUUGGGUCGCAGGCACACUUCCCAUCAAAACAUACCGUCCGGGUCUCAACGUAGCGGGAAAACACGAUACCCCUUCGUCAGAGUUAACUUGCCCAGAGGACGAUGUCACCCUGUGGACUUGGAGUUCAUUCUCCUUCGUUGAACCUAUCAUCAAAGUCGCUUCGAAGCGAACGUUACAAGAAUCGGAUGUAUGGAACCUGUCUCCGUUCUUUUUGCACAAGAACAUCUUCGCCAAAUGUUUGAAGUAUCGUGCGAGACAUCCCAAUCAUUCGCUUUUACGGUUCCUCAUUGUCUCAAACUCUCUGGAUCUCAUCAUCGACAUUUCGCUGGAGUUGGUCGGCGCUGUAAUAGGCUUUGUGUCACCGUAUGCGCUUCAGCAAAUCCUGACAGCACUUGGGCAAAAUGAUCCACAGACGAGGCAAAAGGCUUUCUUUUGGGUCAUGAUGACACUGUUCGCCAAUCUUGCUCUCGCUUCCAUGAAAUUGUUCCGAGGAUGGCAUACAAGACGAUGUUACGAGCGCACACGAGGCCAACUUUUCUGUGCCAUUCAUUACAAAGCGUUGAAGAGGGUCGAAAUAAGCGGCCAUGUCACAAAGGAAGGAGAUGAAGAGAGCAAAGCUGAACUAGGGAAGAUCACAAACCUGAUGAGAGGUGAUACGUACGCCAUUGCGCAACGCUUUUGGGACAUUGCCGCUCUCUUCUCCGCACCAGUUCGGUUUGGAAUAGCAGUCGUAUUCCUUUACAGGGUCCUUGGCUGGAGCUCCUUGAUGGCGAUUGUUGUGGUAAUCAUGACCGCCCUAUUGAAUAUUCCUUUGGGAAAAUUCGGUAUCUCGAUCCAUCGAGCGUCUUACAAAGUCAUGGACAAACGAAUGAAACUCGUUAACGAAUUCCUUCAAAACAUCCGGUUUUUAAAAUUUUACGGGUGGGAGUACGACUGGUCGGACAAAACUGAGAAGACACGUGAAGAAGAACUUCGAUGGAGGGUCAAGACGAAUCUGGUUUCUGUUGUAAUGAGCUUCAUUUGGACAUGGAUGCCUUCGGCGACAGCACUAACUUGCUUCCUCUGCUAUACUAUUGUAGCAGGAGAGAAACUGACAGUAGCAAAAGCCUUCACUUCACUCGCCUUGUUUUCCUCAAUCCAGGGUCCCCUUAUGUCUAUUCCCAUGCAAAUUUGGGCCAUGCUCUAUGCACGUGUCUCCAUGCAGCGGAUCGAAGCCUUUCUCUCGGAAGACGAAGUCCCUGAUUGGGCGUCAUGCUUUGGCCAGAACGUCCAACCAACCUCAACAAAGGAGAUCGGGUUUUCCGACGCCGUUUUUGAAUGGGAAAAGAGGAAGGAGAGCGGGAUCCAACCUGAUGGAUCCAAUACCUCAUCUGCACCCCGUUUCCAAUUGGGUCCGCUCAACGUCAGAUUCCCAGCCGGAGCGCUAACGAUAAUCAGUGGAGCUACCGGAUCCGGCAAAAGCGCACUCUUGGAAGCUCUUUUGGGAGAACAUGCAACCAUAAAGGAGAACAUCGUAUUCGGUUCGCCUGUACCCUUUGACGAGGAACGAUAUCAUCGGGUUGUUCACGCUUGUGCGUUGGAGCCCGAUUUAUCCAUCCUUUCGGCGGGAGACAUGACAGAAAUCGGCGAGAAAGGUAUAACCUUGUCAGGCGGGCAAAGGGCUAGAGUUGCGCUCGCGAGAGCCCUCUACUCUCAGGCCAAAGUCAUCCUUCUCGAUGAUCCCCUUGCGGCAGUCGAUAUGCAUACUGCUCGGCACAUUGUCGACAACUGCUUCACAGGUGAACUGGCACACGGAAGGACGAUGAUACUCGUCACGCACCAUAUCAGCGUCUGUCUCCCCAUCGCAUCGUACCUCAUUGAGCUACAGAAAGGACAGGUUCUGCACCAAGGAACCAUUUCAGAGCUUCAGGCGAAGAAUGUACUAAAGACCAUCGUCCAGGCUGAAGAGGAGCCCUUCCCGGAGGCCGAGUCGAGCGAAGGGAAGGAUGCAAAUUCGAAAGCCUUCGGGGUAUCGAGACUUCAUAUCCAACGUGGCAAAGGUACCUUGGUGGAUGAGGAAUUCCGAGCAGAAGGGCAAGUAUCACGGAAAACCUACUUGACGUACAUUCGCGCCGCUGGUGUGGCAAGCCAGGUUUUCCUUGCUCGCUGGGGAGAAGCAUAUCAAGACAAGCCUGCGGUCCACUUCCUUUCAAUAAAGCUUCCCAAGGUGAAGUACCCCUGGGACGAGUUCCCCCCUCCGGAAGUCGAUGUCAAACCUUGGUUAUUGGUAUACCUCUACAUCGGUGCGGCAGGAGCCUUCACUACCGUGUUCUCGAUGAUAGUCGGCUACUAUGCGAGCCUCCAAGCUUCCCGGGCCCUCUUCAUUGCUCUUCUUCGCCGGCUGACAAGAGCACCACUGCGGUUCUUCGAUACCACGCCAGUGGGAAGAAUUCUCAAUCGCUUCACAAAUGACAUGAAUACCAUAGACGGUGCACUCUACCAUUCUGGAUCGAGUUUCAUCCAAGGCGUGCUUAUGUUCCUUGUGUCCUUUGCUACGAUCCUUGUGAUCAUCCCUUCCUUUAUCCCUGGUGCUUUGUUUAUUGCUUGGUUGUACAUGAGGCUCGCACCGGGCUAUGUCAAGACGGCGAGGGACCUAAGGCGUUUGGAGACAGUGUCGCUGUCUCCGACGUUUGCUGGCUUUGAUGAGCUGCUUAGGGGCAUCACCCAUAUCCGGGCAUUUGGCAUGGAGGAUAGGUAUCAGAAUAACUUCUACAAGAAGGUCGACAGAUUCCAGAGCUAUGAUCAUGUCUAUUGGCUUAUCCAAAACUGGCUAAGCUGGCGCUACGAAUGUCUCAGCGCCCUUGUGGUGGCCUCUGCAACCACCUUUGCUCUCCUGCAAGGUGUCAGUAAUGGAUCCGCUGCCAUUGUCAUGGUCCAGGCAGGCAUAUUUGCAUCCGCAAAUCGUACCCUCGUCAGUGUCAUGGCCCAAAUGGAACUGGACUUCAACAGCGUCGAGCGCGUCGUAGAGUAUCUGGAGGUCCCGCAGGAAGCGCCUGCUAUCAACCCAGACUUCAGACCGCCUGCGUAUUGGCCGUCUACGAGCGGUGACUUGAGAGUUGAAAAUCUGGUCGUGAAGUACGAAGAGCACCUUCCGGCUGUGUUGAAGGAAAUCUCGUUUACCAUCAAUCCUGGAGAGAAGAUUGGGGUGGUGGGACGAACGGGUUCCGGAAAGUCCACUCUGGUACUGGCGCUCCUUCGCAUGUUGGAGCCUACGUCUGGUUCAAUCAUUAUCGAUGGUAUAGACAUCUCCAAGCUGGGCUUAGAGGACCUUCGAACGCGACUUACCGUCAUCAGCCAAGACGUCUCGCUCUUCUCUGGUACCAUCCGCAGCAACCUCGAUCCUUUGCAGAAAUAUACUACGGAGGAAUGCCAGACCGUUCUGGAUAGAUGCCAUUUGACCUCACACUUUGCACAUACCCCGACCACCGAGGAGUCCAGCUUGCUCGACAUGGCUGUUAACCAGAACUCGAUGAGCGCAGGAGAGAAGCAGUUGCUUGCGUUAGCCCGGGCCAUUCUUCGCGGCACCAACAUUAUCAUCAUGGAUGAGGCUACAUCGCAAAUCGACAUGGAGCUAGAUGACAAGAUUCAAAAGACUAUUCGAGAGGAAACGGCGGGCGCCAUUGUUAUCACCAUCGCCCACCGGCUCAAGACCGUGAUCGACUACGACAGGAUUUUGGUGCUCGAUGAUGGCAAGGUCGUUGAGUUUGAUACUCCGCGCGAGUUGUUGAGCAAGUCAGAGAAGCGAAGCCCCAUGAAGCUCACCAGUGUUGUGGCGAUAGUCGCAACAAGCGUCUCGUGUUUUCCGGUGCAGCACGCAUUUCGUCGCGAUUUAUUGGGUAUCCUCAACGUAGGGACGGAUGCAGCUGUUCUGGCGACAUUAGACAGCACGCCCAGUCCCUCCACUUCGGCCAGUCACUCUGGGCUAUUGGAAUUGUCGGUUCCCUCGUUGGGGACCCACGCGGCGCCGACCUCCUCACUGCCUGAGCCGUCAGAGUCAACCACAUCCAGCUCCGCACACCACACGCCAACGACAAGACAGGUCCAUUCCACGAUAGGCUCCGCGACCAGCGAGACCGACGUCUCUUCCAGCUCCAGCAGUACACCGACGGUGGGGGUCACUUCCGCCAUCGAAGAAGCACCUUCCACACCGCCAGGCGAACUAACCCAAUGGAAAGUCAUCGGUAUCUCCAUCAUCUGCGUCACGUUCAUUGCCAUCGUAGUCAUUCUCAUCACGUUCUUCGAUAAUUGGUGGGGGUUUGUCAAAGAUGUAUUCUGCGGUUCGCGUUAUAAGAACAAGGGCGGAGGCGAGGAGACGUUCGUAAGGAGUCCGGAUUGGAAGCGGAGGACGUGGGAGGUCAGGUUGGCAAGUGAGAAUGGACACCGGUACCCAAGCUUUGGGAGUUUGGAGUCUGCCAUGGGAAAGGGAAGUCAUGUUGUAGCGGAGAGGAAAACAGCCGAGCCAGCGAUGGAUUAUGUUGCACAUGCCCAAAUGGCGCUUGGAAGGACUAUGAGCGGUCGACAAAUCCCAACCAACUCGAGCAGGACUCAGGGUUGGUAGACGCGUUCACGAUACCCCGUAUUCUUCUGAUGAAAGUAUGCAUAUUCUCUACUUUUGACUGGACUUUUCAGGAGGAGGGAGCUUCUUCUCGAGGUAGUCGGAAACCACCAGGCCUAUACCACCCACUGCACACAUUGCAAGGGCUAUUUUCAUUCGUGUACGCGGCGGAAGAGCUAUGUCAUAGCCGUCAGUUAUUUAGCCAAUGAAAACGUCAGUUGUACGUA